CAGUUUUUCUAGUCUAAAAAUGGUUAAAUUGAAACCACAUUACAAAUAUAUUGAAAAUUUGCCGCGUUUCUAACUUCAUUUUGAUUCUUCUGGGGAGGGUUCUCGAUUAUUUAGCAGCCAAAGGACUGUAAGCCCUUCCGGCUCUCCUUUAAGCUCCGCGGGGUUUCAAGUUUCAGCCCCUCCUCGAAUUCCAGCCUGCUGAGACUCCCGAAAUCAUCCAAAAUGGAGCCCUUCGCUGCCUACCCACUGAAAAGUUCCGGGUCCAAAGUGAAGGUAUUUGCCGUUUUGCUGUCUAUGGUUCUGUGCACCGUGACGCUUUUUCUCCUACAAUUAAAAUUCCUGAAACCGAGAAUCAACAGCUUCUAUUCCUUUGAAGUGAAGGAUGCCAAAGGGAAGAUCGUGUCUCUGGAAAAGUUCAAAGGCAAAGCUUCCCUAGUUGUAAACGUGGCUAGUGCCUGCCGGUACACGGACAGAAGUUACUCGGCCCUCAAGGAGCUGCACAAGGAGUUUGGGCCCUAUCACUUCAACGUCCUGGCUUUCCCAUGCAAUCAGUUUGGAGAAUCGGAGCCCAUGUCCAGCCUGGAGAUAGAAUCUUUUGCAAGACAAAACUACGGAGUCACAUUCCCCAUCUUCCACAAGAUUAAGAUCUUAGGGCCAGAAGCAGAACCUGCGUUUAGAUUUCUUGUUGAUUCUUCCAAGAAGGAACCAAUGUGGAACUUUUGGAAGUAUCUGGUCAACCCCGAGGGACAAGUUGUGAAGUUCUGGAGGCCAGAAGAACCCCUUGAAGCCAUCAGACCUCACGUAUCACAAAUGAUUGGGCAAAUGAUUCUUAAAAAGAAAGAGGACCUAUGAAAGCAUCACAGUCAGUCCAGCACAGCUGGACAGAGAAUGACCUUGAAGGAUUCAGCCUCCUUUUAGAUUUUGACAACUAUGGUACUGAAAGAUUUUCUAAGGCCGUCUUACCACUCAGUUGCAAUGGAUGUCCCCAAAAUAGAAAUGUUACCCAAAGAGGAAAAAAGGGGGUGCAGGUAGCCAAAGAAUCAUGAUGAAGUAUAUUACUUAUCUGUCCAGAAGGAAAACUGUAGAAAGCUCAGUCACCAGUAUGCUUCUGUUUCCGGUUAUAACUUUCUCUAGGGUUGACCCUUACGGGACCACUACGUGAAAUGAAGAACACCGUGUGGGUGACAUUUUUGAAGUAACUAACUAACUGUAAGUGGGUACACAGGUGUAAUAAAGGAUAAAGUGAAUGCUGCAAACUAUAAA